CUCUCUCACUUUUCUUUCUUCACGAGCCACGAGAAAACUGGUUCAGCGCUGAUCAAUUUUUCUUCGAUAAAUUGGUCAUCUCGACCAGGAAAAUAUUAAACAAUGGCAAGUAUGAAGGCUGAAAAUCCAGAAAAGCCUGGACCCGAUGUUCCCCCGGUUCAUCGAAUCAGGAUAACCUUGACUUCCAGAAACGUUAGAUCUUUGGAAAAAGUCUGCUCGGAGCUGAUUAACGGGGCAAAGAAGCAGAAGCUUAAGGUGAAGGGACCAGUGCGAAUGCCGACCAAGAUCCUGAGGAUCACGACUCGCAAAACUCCUUGCGGAGAAGGGUCCAAGACCUGGGAUCGCUUCCAAAUGCGAAUUCACAAGAGAGUAAUUGAUCUUUACUCUCCUUCCGAAAUCGUCAAGCAAAUCACCAGCAUUUCCAUCGAACCCGGUGUAGAAGUCGAGGUCACCAUCGCCAACGACUAAGUUUUCCAAGAUCUUAAUGGAACUUUGAAACUUUUAAUAAAAUCUCGAAAAAAAGAGUA